AAAAAUGCUUACUUACAAUAGUGAUCAAUGGGAAGAGCCCCCUUACACUGAUGGUCAGUGAGAGAAGGGUCCUAUUACACUAGGGGGCCAAUGGAAAGAUUGCGCCUUACAUUGGUGGUCAGUGGGAAGAAUGUUCCUUACAUUGGUGUUCUAUGGGAAAAUAGCCCCCUUACACUGAUGGUCAGUGAGAGAAGGGUCCUAUUACACUGGUGGGCAGUGGGAAGGAUGUUCCUUACAUUAAUGGUCAGUGGGAAGAAUGUUCCUUACAUUGGUGUUCUAUGGGAAAAUAGCCUCCUUACACUGAUGGUCAGUGAGAGAAGGGUCCUAUUACACUGGUGGGCAGUGGGAAGGAUGUUCCUCACAUUGAUGGUCAAUGGGAAGAAUGUUCCUUAUAUUGAUGUUCUAUGGGAGAAGAGCCCCCUUACACUGAUAGUCAUU